AAGGAGUGGUUCUGACAUUGCAGAAAAGAUGAACAGGAAGAAUACUUUUGCGACAUGGAAUGCCAUUAUGAUGAAGCAUCAAAAAAGAAGAUUGGCACAGAUGAGUGGAGGCUUCAUUACCAGCUGUUGCAGAGAUUGAUCUCUUCGAUCCUACUCCUGAACUGUUGUUCUUCAAGCCAUGACGAUGAUGAUGCAGAGAUCGAGUGUUUUAGCUGUUCUCUGCUGCAUGUGGACAGUGAUGAUCCCCGGUGCGUUCUCCCUCUCCUUCAACUUCUCCAGCUUCGACCAGGGCGUGUCAUCGAAGCUCGAGUUCCAAGGGGACGCGUCGUUGCAGAACAAGGAGGUCAACCUCACGAGCUACCCCAUGCUGUACAGCGUCGGCAGAGCCGUGUACCGGGAGCCGCUGCGCCUCUGGGAUGCCGCCACCGGGGAGCUGGCUGAUUUCACCACGCAGUUCUCCUUCGUCAUCGACUCCUUCGAACCCGCGUCCACGCAUGGCGACGGCCUCGCUUUCUUCCUCUCCUCGUAUCCGACCUCCAUUCCUGCCUACUCCAGAGGCGCCUUCCUCGGCCUCUUCGGCAACAGUUCUCUCGAUGGUUCCACCGCCAGCACGGUGGCGGUCGAGUUCGACACCUUUCCGAAUGCGUGGGAUCCGCCCGCCGACCACGUCGGGAUCGAUGUCGACUCGAUCAACUCGAGCGCCGUGGUGGAGUGGAGCAGCAGCCUCAGGAACGGCCGGCGAGCGAAUGUUUGGGUGAGCUACAACGCCAGCACUUACAACCUCAGCGUCUUCCUGACGUAUGAAACGAACCCGGCUUUUCGCGCCGGCGAUUCCAGCCUUCACUUCGUCGUUGAUCUGCGAGAUGUGCUGCCGGAGAUGGUCGCGAUCGGCUUCUCGGCGUCGACGGGCAACGCGACGGAGACGCACAGCCUGCUGUCUUGGUCUUUCGACUCGACCCUGCAACCGAGGAGGAAGAAGAACAAGGUCUGCCUCAAGAUCGGUUUGGCCAUUGGAGUAGGCGUCUUGAUGCUCGUGUCGGGGUUGGUAUGGUUCGUGUUCUCCAAGAAGGCCUCCAGUAGGGAUCUGAAAGAAAUAGACGACAUCGAAUGCGACGAGGCCAUCGACGAUGAGUUUGAGAGGGAGAGGGGGCCGCAGAGGUUUCCUUACGAGGAGUUGGCCUCUGCGACGAGGAAUUUCUCCAAGGAGGGGAAGCUCGGGGAGGGAGGAUUCGGAUCGGUCUAUAAAGGCUACCUGAAAGAUCUGAAACUUGACGUCGCCAUUAAAAGGGUCUCUCGGUGCUCGAAACAGGGGAGAAAGGAGUACGUCUCCGAGGUCAAGAUCAUAAGCCGGCUGCGGCAUCGGAACCUGGUGCAGCUGGUGGGUUGGUGCCAUGACCGCCGGGAAUUCCUGCUCGUCUACGAGUUCAUGCCCAAUGGAAGCCUCGACUCCUAUCUCUACUCCACGAAGAAGAAUCUCCAGUGGCCGGAGAGGCACAAGAUCGCGCUGGGCUUGGCCGCUGCCCUGCUCUAUCUUCACGAGGAGUGGGAGCAGUGCGUCGUGCACCGAGACGUGAAGCCCAGCAACGUCAUGCUGGAUUCCACGUUCAACGCCAAGCUCGGGGACUUCGGAUUAGCUCGGCUCGUUGACCAUGACAGCCACUCGCAGACGACGGUUUUGGCCGGCACCAUGGGAUACUUGGCCCCCGAGUGCAUCACCACCGGCAAGGCCAGCAAAGAGUCCGACGUCUACAGCUUCGGCAUCGUCGCGCUGGAGAUCGCGUGCGGAAGAAGGCCGGUGGAGCCGAAGGAGCAGAAGAGCAAGGUGAGACUGGUCGAAUGGGUGUGGGAGCUCUACGGACGGCGAUCAAUUCUCGAAGCAGCCGACGAGAAGCUACAUGGCGACUUCGACGGGAAGCGGAUGGAGUGCCUGAUGGUGGUGGGGUUGUGGUGUGCUCAUCCCGACUGUGGCCUGCGGCCCUCGAUCAGACAAGCCAUCAAUGCACUCAACCUGGAGACGCCACUGCCGAUGCUACCCCCAACGAUGCCGGUGCCUAUGUACUGUGCGCCGCCUGUGGACGUCUCCAGCUUCACCCAGGCUUCAUCCAUCACGUACUCCUCCUCGUACCUCACGAAUUCUUCCAGCUCCACCCAAAUGAUCGCGGACACAAUGAAGUCGCAGAGGAUCGACAUGUAAUGAGCAUGAAUGCAUAUGAUGCUUACUUAAUGCAUUUGUUUUCUGGUUUCCUGUUCUCCCCAUUCUCCUUGUUUCCCUACUAAGAAGAAGUAAACGCGUCCUGUGGAUAUAUUGCUUGACAUGAAACACUUUCUUCUUCUUC